AUGGGUCAGCGCCAUCAUAUCUGGCUCAUAGCCAAGGUCGUACCUCGCGAUUCUACCGACAACAAAGCCUAUUACCGUUCUCUUGGUGGCUUUCAUAACCAAUGGUGCUACGGCCGUUUACCGUCGCGCGCUGUACGCCGCUUCGUCGAUCUCGCCAAACAAAAGGACAACGCUGAGAUCAUCCAAAUCGAACUCGAUGAGAUGCAGAACAAAUACAGCAGAAAUGCCAAUAUAAAACAAAUGCCAAGCUGCCCUUGUCCUUAUACACAAUUCUUGCUCGGACUUGCUUGCUGCGUCGACCUUGAUGAUUUCAUUCCGACCUAUGUCUCAGGGCAUUCUUACGACGGGUGUCUCUUGCCAGCUACCACACGCGGUAGCUUUGAUCAUGGCCCAGAUGACGGUAUAUCUGUUAUUGAUGUCACCGAUCCAAUGAAUCCAGCAUACUGCCAUGUCCUAUCGAAUAGGCCUCUCCCAGCUGAGGGAUACAUCAGGAGCUAUUACGCCUAUCCAGCAGACGAUUCGGAGAACGGGGACUCCGAACUAGAAAAAGACAUUGCAACCUUAAUCGCUUCCCUCGAUGAUGCCAAGGUGGUUACGACGGAAAUGCUUGCAGAAGCCUGGCCCAGGGAAUAUGGUCGCGCCGGUGGUGGCUCAGAAACAGACGAAGUGGCAGAUCCCUCAGAUCAACCCGCACUUGCCGAAGACAACAUCGUUCCACAAUUGGCCGACCUUGUUGUGGGACCUGCAGUCAAGCAAUCCAUCGCUCAGGGCAAUUUCGAUGAGUUGGAGAAACUCGUCUGGAUACCGGAGAAGGCCAAGUUAAUCAAAGCAGCGCUGCGAGAAAUCGAUCCCUUUCCUGACGCUGCUAUCCCAUUACUCCGCCGUGUCUGUGAAGUCGAGUCCCAAACCAACAAGAAUGAGCUCGACCUAACUGGUCUCCCUCUAUCCUCCGACCAAAUCCUUGAUUUCGUGUCCCAGCACAGCGACAUACAAUACCUCAGACUUUCAAGUAUGCCACAUGUCACCAUAGACACUGUGCGCAAGCUGUUGACCUUGGUGCCAUCGAUUUCGCACCUUACCCUCCUUGGCACCUCCAUUGCGAACGAAUCCAUCCUUGAACUGUUGGCCGGGGAGCCCAAACUCUUCUAUAACAUGGAGGCUCUGAUCCACCCUGUCCUUCUGACAUACGCCAAAAAGGCUCCUUACAAGGCUGCAUUCACCUUCCCCGGCAUUUCAGGCGCUUCCAUUGGUGGCUGUCCCGCACUACCAUUCUUCACACCCCAGAGAAUCGUACAAGUGUUCUCCGAUUUUCUGAGGGGGAUAUUAAGGAAUGAGAUGAGCAUGGCAAGGAAGGCCCUUCUUUUUGGGGCGAUGGGCUCGAGCAUGCUCGCCUUAGCAUGCCUCGCGUCUGAUCGAACACAAGGCCAGAAAUGGAGCGAGAGACGCGUACCCAUAUUGCCUCUAUUCUGCGACGGAGAAGCAGAGGGGAGCGACAAGGACUUUCUGGAUCUCGACGGUUUCCUCAGCGCAAUGAGAGCUGAGGGACGCCCUGCUCCUUUACCAGCCUCUGUCUCGGAAUUGAAGGGGUUCAUUGCAGAAGCUAAGCUCCAGGCAAUGAAUGUGGAGUCUGUGGAAGAGGCCUUGCAAGAACUUCAGAUGUAUGUCAACUCUACCCCGUGA